AUGCACAAGAAUAACAACGUUAUACCUCAGGUGGUAGCCCCAGCACAGGGGAAAGCCACCCUGGGUUCCGAUCGGGUGAAAACCCCGGUGGCCUAUGGCAGCGGCACGGUUUCUGAGGGCCGCAAAUUGUGCAAAAACCAGGUGACAACGACGGCAACAAAGACAGCGGACACGAAAACUGGAACAGCGGACAGGACGACACUGGGACACCAACGACGAGACAGGACGGACAGCGUGUCGAUCACGGGCAGCGGAGCGAGUUGCGCUUCCGCUGUAUCCACGAUCGGCACGAAGACACGAAUCACGGACGAUAUGGACCUGACGGACCUAUUGUUACUGAUCCACAGCACGGCGACAAGGAUGGCCGAGGCAGCAGCUAUCCAAAAAAACAUGAAUAUGUCCGUUAAAUUGGGCAUCAAGACCAUCCUCGAGGCUGCCGACACGGACAACGAGACGACGGAGACAGACGUUGAGACUGAACAACGGACACAAAACACUCCGCGGACGAAACGGAAACGGGAGGUGACUGGAACCACUCCGGAAUCCUCUCAGAAGAGGGCAACGGAUGCGGAACCGGUCGCUGACUGGCAGACAGUGACGAGGACAAAAAAAGAAAAAAAGAAACGGAAGACGCGGACGGACGGGACGAACGCGACAACGGAUACGACGGCCGGGGCUGAGGGGCGCAGAGCGGCUCCCAAACACUGGGGGACGACGGUGCUCGUCAAACCCGAGAACGACACGACGUACUCCGACAUUGUGAGGAAGAUACGGACCACGGUCGACCCUGCGAAGAGUCACGUUAAAGUGACGACUCUCAGAAAGACGAAGAAUGGUCUGUGUCUUCUGAAGAUAAAGACAGACGCCAACGGACAGGACGACUUCCGACGCGUCCUGCAGGACGCAGUCGGCGACGCAGGCAACGUCAGGACCGGGACCUUCAGGGUGCAACUGGAGAUCGUGGAUCUUGACUGGGUCAGGACCAGAAACGACGUAAUACAGGCACUGCGACGAGAGACGGGACGAGACGCGGACUUUGGGGUCCACAUCUUCGGCCCGAACCGGGCGGAGCAGUUUAUGGCCGUAUGCGACCUAGAGUCGCAGGAAGCCAGAGCGCUGCUCGGCCGGGGACGGAUCGGGAUUGGAUGGGUAGCUUGCCGCGUCCGACCACGACUGACGGUGACAAAAUGCCACAAGUGCCUGGGAUACGGGCACACGAAGGCUAAAUGCAAAAAUACAGACCGGACGAAGUGCUACAGGAAAUGUGGCGUGACAGGACAUUACGCCACGGACUAUAAGGACAGACCGGCCUGCCCACUGUGCGCCGAGGCGGGACACGGCGAUGUGGCGCAUCUCGCGGGCUCCGAGAGGUGCGCGGUGUACCGGGAUUGGAUCACGAACAAGACCAAGACAGCGGCUAUCUGGGUGAGGGGCGCUGCCCGAGUCCGGAUAACUGCUCGUGGCGUCAGGGACGACUACGUCUGGGCUAGGGUGGGCGCUGUCACUUACGUCAGCGUCUACCUGACCCCAAACUGCGCUGCGGCGGAGUUCCAGGCAAAGGUUGCGCUCCUCGAGGACGGACUCAGGGACCUGCCCGGGGACCUCGUGGUCGCGGAGGACCUCAACGCGAGGGCGGUCAAGUGGGGCAUGACGGUGACGAACAGACGCGGACGGCAGCUGCUGGAGAUGGCCGCAAGGCUGGACCUAGUGGUGGCAAACACAGGAGACGUACCAACGUACAGACGGCCGGGAUUUGGAGACUCCAUCCCGGACGUAACGAUGACGACGGACAGAACUCUGCCACGGAUAGGGCGGUGGCGGGUGCUCGAGGGCUACACGGCCAGCGACCAUCAGUACAUCGCCUUCGAAGUGGCAGGAGAGACAAGGACGACACGGACGAGGACCGGGCACCCCCCGCGGUGGAACGUAGACAAACUCGACGUACUGAAGUUCUCGGCGGCAGCGCCGGCCCCAAUUACCGACGUCCGCCCAGAGCUGACUGGCCGGCAAAGGGCGGAAAGACUAGCGGACGAGACGGCCAAACUGACGACGCGGCUGUGCGACAGCACAAUGCCGAAACGACAGUACGGACGUAACAGACCACCACAAUACUGGUGGACGGACGAGAUAGCCGAGCUGCGGAAGAGUUGCCUGGCGAAACGACGACGGGUUACGAGGGCUGGAGGGAGAUCCGAGAGGGAAACCCUUCAGGCCGAGUACAAGACUGAACGGAAACGACUGACGUACGCCAUCAGAGACAGCAAGACGCGAUGCCGGAAGAAGCUCUGCGAGGAGGUGGACCGCGACCCUUGGGGUGCCGGUGACAAUAUUGUGACUGGUAGGCUGGGGGCCCGGAUCCCGCCAGAACUCAAGGAUGCUGAAACCGCACGACGGAUCGUCGACGGACUGUUCCCGACGCACCCGACGCGUACGGACGCGACAAACGACGUCGAGACGGUGGCGCCCCUCGUCUUCACCGCCGAGGAGCUCGUCGGAGCGACCAAAGCAAUGAGGAGGGGUGAGGCGCCAGGACCGGACGGGGUACCGGCGGAGGUUCUUCGGCCGAUGGCGAUCCUGAGGCCGGAGAUACUUCUUGACCUCUACAACACGUGCCUUACGACAGGGACAUUCAGCGACCGGUGGAAGGUGGCGAGGUUGGUCCUUAUCCCAAAGGGUAAGGGUGACCCCAGCACGCCGUCGGCCUACCGGCCGCUGAGCUUACUGGACACGACAGGGAAACUGUUCGAACAGCUUCUGCGACCACGACUUACGGACGCGAUACAGGACGGCGGGGGCCUCUCUUACCAGCAGUUCAGCUUCCGGAGGGGUCGAUCAACGAUUAGAGCGAUCCAAGAGGUGGUUGACUUCUUUCGGUCGACAGACAGACAUUGCCACGCUGCGCGACCCGUCGCGCUGCUGGUGACACUUGACUUUAAGAACGCCUUCAACUCGGCCAGGUGGGUGGAUAUCCUAGGGUCGCUGAGAGGCGACUUCGGGGUCCCGCCUUACUUGCUCCGGGUUGUUGAAGACUACCUUUGGAAUAUACGACUGACGUACGAAACGAACGAAGGCCAAGUGACGCGACAGAUCACCGCGGGGGCUGCUCAAGGUUCCAUACUAGGACCUGACUUUUGGAACGCGAUGUAUGACAGCCUGCUCAGACUGGAGCUCCCACUCGGCGUUCGCCUGGUUGCUUACGCUCACGACGUGGCGGCAGUGAUAGUCGAGCGAACUCCAGAUCUGGCACAAUACGCACUGAACCAGACCAUGAGACGAGUCGGACGGUAG